AUGCCAGCAUCAAAACUCAACAAUUCAACCGCUUUCCGGUCCCCAGAUUUGGCUAGCCCAUUUUUUACAGACGACCAAGGCUCUGCAAGAACUAACGACUUGGCAGGGGCAGCAGUUAUCUUUGAUAACAAUAGCCCGGCGGACACUUCGUACACGAAAAUAUUUAAUACUUCAAUUGAUCCCGCCACUUUUGACGAAAAAAGGGCUACUGGUGAUCAGGGUAAGGUAGCUGAUGAUACUUCAUCACCACCAAUCUUACCGAUUUUCUCCAACGAGCAGCCGAUAAAGCAGACAGAUCAUACUCUAGUUCAGGACUGGGACCGAGGAUUCUUUGUACUCGUAGAGGAGGACAAUCCGACUGUCAAUGAAAAG